AUGUCGACCGCAGCCCGUACUGUGAAGGCCGAGGCUAUGGAUAGAGGUGAAGGUAGAAUCCGAAAUGAGGGUGACGUAGAAGCUAGAUUCGGUGGGAAAGGCUGGACGUAGAGGUGGAUAGUUCAAUGCAUUUUGAUUGUUUGAAUAAUUACCCAGUAGAGCAACGGCGGGAAUUGGUCUUGGGUCACAAUUUUUUAAUCCCUUUUUUUGGGGGGGUUUUUUUGGGGGUUUUUUUUGGAAGAUUUGAAUGUGAUCGUCGGGUCCAAAGAAAUCGAGUAAGCGCAAUCCCGCUAUCGUUUUCCCAACUGCGAUGCCAGCCCCCUAUCAAGAUCUGGCAAUACCCUUUGCAGUCCCAUUCUCCAAAUCUCCUGCCGGCCUUUUCUUUCACCUCAAUGUUGCUGAGAGAGACUUGACUCCCUCUGGAUGGAACUCUUCCACUUCAUCGACAUGAU